AUGUGGAGAAUUUUUGCUUAUGAUAUUCAUCAUAGAUGGCCGGCAGUACAGAGGUUGACUUUUCACUUGCCAAACCAGCAACAUGUUGUAUUCGAUGAUGCUGAUAUCACUACUUAUGUUUAUUUACGGAACAAAAAUUUGCUGACGAUGUUUAUGGGUUGGAUGAUGGCCAACUGGCGGUUCCCAGAGGGGAGGUCAUUAACAUAUGUUGAAUAUCCAGGCAAAUUUGUCUAUUGUUCGAAUAGCAGGGAGUGGAAGCCAAGACAGAGGGGAUUCUCAAUUGGAAGAUUGAGUUUUGCUCAUCCCUCAUCUGGUGAACUUUUCUACAUGCGGAUGCUUUUGAAUGAGCAGAGAGAGGCAUGUUCCGCCAUGGGAUUCUUGAUAGAUGAUAAGGAGUAUGUUUCUGCUAUUAAGGAAGUCGCCGAGUUUGCGUCAGCUGCACAGCUAAGGAGGCUUUUUGUGAUGUUGUUGCUAUCUGGUUCCAUGGGAAGACCUCUGUCAGUUUGGGAACAAACUUGGACUUAUUUGUAUGAUGAUAUUCUUUAUCGCAGAAGACAUGAGCUACAAUAUCCCGAUCUAACGAUGAGUCAGGACGAGUUGCAAGUAUUUUGUUUGUUGGAGAUUGAGAAACUAUUGCAGAGUAAUGGAAAAUCAUUGAGAAAUUAUGCUGGCAUGCCAUAUGAUAUUGUUUCUUUGACUCGUGAGCACGAUGCAAAUGUCUCCAAGUUAAAUGAAGAACAGAGGGUGGUCUACGAUAAAAUUAUUGAUUGUGUUUCGAAUAAGAGGCAUGGAUUCUUUUUUGUCUACAGGUUUGGUGGAACUGGAAAAACUUUUUUAUACAGAGUUUUGUCAGCUAGAUUGCAAUCUGAGAAAAAGAUUGUUAUAAACAUUGCUUCUAGUGGUAUUGCUUCUCUAUUGUUACCUGGUGGUAAAAUGGCGUAUUCUAUGUUCAAUAUUCCUGUUGAGCUGACUGAAGACACUGUUUGUCGGAUUAAGAAGGAUAGUCCAAAAGCUGAGGUAGUCCGGUUGGCCGAUUUGAUUAUUUGGGAUGAGGCACCAAUGACUAACAAAUUAGCAUUUGAAGCUCUCGAUAGGACUUUGCGGGAUAUAAUGGUUUCGGUCUCUGAUAGGAAUAAAGAUGUACCUUUUGAUGGGAAGGUGGUCGUUCUUGGUGGUGAUUUCAGGAAGGUCUUGUCAGUUAUUCCAAAAGGUUCUCGUGCUGAGAUUGUGAUGGCGUCCAUAAAUUCUUCUGUCCUUUGGAAAUACUGUGAAGUUUUGCAAUUGACCAAAAAUAUGAGGUUAGCAAGUGGAUUGGAACAAUCAACUGCUCAGGAGUUAAGGUCGUUUUCAGAUUGGAUACUUUAUAUCGGUGAAGGUUGUCUAUGUGGAACUCUGGUCAACGACAAACUUCUUGUUGAUAUUCCUUCUGAUCUAAUCAUUCCUGUUUUGGAAAACCCAGUGGAAGAUAUUGUAAAUACAAUCUAUCCAAAUUUGGUUCAGAAUUUUUGUGAUCCAAGCUUUUUCCAGGAUAGGGCAAUAUUGGCUUCGAUUGUCGAGAAUGUUGAAGAGAUAAAUAAUUAUAUAGUUGACUUAUUGCCCGGUGAGGAGAAAAAUUAUCUCAGUGCUGAUUUGAUAUGUGGUAGUGAUGCCUAUUCUGAUGUUGAAGUUGAUUGGAUAAAUGUUGAAUUCUUGAACCAGAUUAGGUGUUCUGGUCUACCUAAUCAUUCCUUAAAGUUGAAAAUAGGCAUGCCUAUUAUUUUGUUGAGGAAUGUUGAUCCAGUUGGGGGUUUGUAUAAUGGGACUCGACUUGUUGUGCGAGAUCUAGGGACAAAUGUGAUCGGUGCGGAUAUUGUUUCUGGUAGCAAUAUUGGGGAUAAAGUUUUUAUCACCAGAAUAAAUUUGAUUCCCAGUGAUACGAUUAUACUGUUUAAAUUCCAACGCCGUCAAUUCCCAGUUUCUUUGUCAUUUGCGAUGACAAUAAAAAAAAGUCAAGGUCAGACAUUAUCAACAGUUGGUUUGUUCUUGCGUCUUCCUGUGUUUUGUCACGGUCAACUUUAUGUAGCUCUUUCCCGAGUUAGGAAUAGAAAUGGUUUGAAGAUUUUACUUUGUGAUGAAGGAUUAGUUGAUCCUACCAAGACUGAAAAUGUUAGAGGGACAUCUUCUUCAGGUUUUAUACGACCAAGUGUUUCUCCGUGGGGUGCUCCAGUGUUACUGGUGAAGAAGAAGGAUGGGAGUAUGCGGCUCUGUGUGGACUACAGGCAGUUGAACAAGGUGACAAUAAAGAAUAAGUACCCAUUGCCGAGAAUCGAUGAUCUCAUGGAUCAGUUACAAGGAGCUGGAGUUUUCUCUAAGAUUGACUUGCGAUCCGGUUAUCACCAGAUAAGGGUGAAGGGCGAGGAUAUCCCUAAGACCGCUUUCAGGACUCGUUAUGGUCAUUACGAGUACACUGUGAUGUCCUUUGGGUUGACGAACGCUCCUGCGGUAUUCAUGGAUUACAUGAAUAGAGUCUUCCGUCCGUUUCUGGAUAAAUUCGUUGUUGUCUUCAUCGAUGACAUACUGAUUUAUUCCAAG